UAUCCAGCUCCAGUCCGCAUUUGAAGUAUUGGGUGCAACAACAAUGGAAAGCUCUCACUCCUUGUAUCUCGGACUAAUCCUCCUUGGUGCAGUGCUUCUCCAGACAGUUGCUGUGGCCAUUAGCUUUCUGUACUUCAACUAUGCUCUCAGCACGGUAGAACAAGCUUUUUCAAGGAGCAGCGUUUCGUGUCUGAUGGGAACAAGUAUUCCAUAUGACAAAGAAGAAAGAAAGUAUGACCCCUGCUGGCAAAUACUGCAACAACUACAGUAUCGAAUUGAAAAGACUAUGGCUUUUGAAAAGGCAACGUUUAAUACAGAAUUCAACUCUGAUGUGAGAGGUGAGUGGAUUUCACCUUCAACGGUCGAGAAUUAUGUCUAUGGCCAUCGUCCUGAAAUUGCAGCCCACCUAACAGCUAGGCCUACGUUUUUGACAAAAGAAGACACAGAUAUUGAAAGUCCACCCAGCAACGCGAAAGUCCUGGGCCAAAAAAUUGAGGCCUGGGAGUUUCAAAGAGGCCUUGCUUUCCAGAGCAAUCUGGUGAUGAGCGAUGGGGAGCUGAUCUUCCCCCAAGCCGGUCUCUACUACAUCUACUCCCAGACCUACUUCAGGCUCUCGCAGCAGGAAUCAGAGGAAGAGUAUGGAGAGGUACUCCAGUACAUCUACCAGAAGAUGAGCUCUUAUCCUGUGCCCAUCCUUUUAAUGAAGAAUGCAAGGACCACUUGUUGGUCCAGGGACCAGGACUACGGCCUUUAUUCCAUCUAUCAGGCUGCUGUCGUCCCACUGAGUACUGGUGACAGAGUGUUUGUGACAGUCAGCAACAUCAGCACCUUAGACAUGGACGAGAGGACAAGCUUUUUUGGGGCCUUCCUGGUUACUCGAUGAGACUGUAUUGACACAGGGAAUGCUUGAAUUGUGGGUUCAAACUGUGUGACUGUGAAUAACUUGGCUAAAAGGUUUCUGUACAGGGGUUCCUCUUGCAGUUCUAAAAUGAGAACAGCACAGGGCCACAAACAAAGCAAGAUACAAACAAAGCAAAGAAAGCAAAUAAGCAGAGCUGAGAUGCCAUCUGUUCUCCUGAUAUUUGUCAUCCACACGGAUUGUGUUCCAAGUAUUACAGAGGGAUCUCCAUGGAAACACAUCACCACACAUCACUGGAUGCCCCAGUUGUCAAUACUCCAUUACACCGCAAUAAUGGAAAACAAUAAAUAUAUAUAUAUAUAUAUAUAUAUAUACAAUAAAUAAAUAUAUAUAUAUAUUUUCUUUUUUUUAAACAGACUAUCAUAGUGGUUCUGCAUUAGCCACCAUAAUGGCCCUCUUCUCUAACAUUGGAAUUACACAUUUCCAAAGACUUAUUAACCCUUACACAACCAAAGACUGCAUUAGGCUACAUCUGAUGUUCCCAUGGUGUGAGUGUGAGCAUGAGGUGAUUUGACCGAUUGUGUUGGGGGUUCGGAGAGCCAGAUGCUCUAGGAAGUGCUCAUGCUUGGAUUGAAGGUUUCUCUGUGAUAGAUAAAGAUCAAGUGCUCUGUGAGGGAAAGUCAUGUCAAACUGAAUGAUCUCCUGAGAAAUGAGAACAUUUCAAGCAUGUCAUACCUUGCAUGAUGGUGAAUUUAACUAUCUGUGGCAUACACUACACAAAUGUCUGGGAAAAUCUGUGAUAAAAGUGAUGGCGUGGAUAUCAUAUAUUGAGUGGUUGAAAAAGAAGUAAAAAACUAUUGUUUAUUGUUGUAUUACAAUUUUCCAAAUGUGGCAGUGAAUUAACCCGCAUUAACUGGAAACACAAAAAAACGUCUAGAAACCAAACACAUUUCAUGUAAACAACCAAGGCUCAAAACAUGACAAAACACAAAAAAUAAACAAAGAAAUUCAACAAACUGA